CUAAUUGAACUUAGCAUUAUUGUAGGUAGGUACAAAGAUUGAAGCAUCGGCCAUUGUUGGCUGAAAGAAUGCAGUCCAACUCACUGAAGGAUUAUUUGAAAAGGUAUCAAAGUAACACUGAAGAUGAGAAGAAAAGUAAAAAGAAGAAGAAGCAGAAGCAGAAAAGUCAGCCAAAACCUAGUGGCUUGUUAGUUGUGGAUGAAGAUCCCACCUGGCAGAAACCCGUAGAUCUCGGGGAAGAAAAUGAUGAGAAAUCGUCUGAUGAGGAGAAGCCAAUUGUUGAUGAAGACAUUGAAGUGAAGCGUAUGAAGAGGCUUGAGCAGUUGAGGGCUAGACGUCCUUAUCAUGCUAUAUCUGAGGAUGGAAGUGGUUGGAUUUCACUUUCUUCUCAGCCUGUUGAUCCUUCUAAUGUAAACGAUGAUAUGUCUCCACCCCGUAAACAAAGGGUUCGAAAUGACACUCCUUCACCUGCACGUCAGCCAAGGUCAUUGGAUCCAGAUCUUGAAGAUGCUGAUUUAUCACCUCCACGACAGCCUCGCAGAGGUCAUCAUAACCUGAGUCCUGACAUUUCUCCCCCUCGCCGUUCUCAGCGCCAAAUAUAUGAUGACAAAAAUAAGAAUUAUAAGACUUCUGAUUUGCAAGAUAUUUCUCCACCUCGUGGUCGUCGUCAUGAUUCUCCAAUGAAAGACCCUUCGCAUGGAUAUGAGGAAUCAGACCUUUCACCCCCAAGGAAACGGCAGAAGGAUGUUGCAAGAGGGAGUUUGGCUGGUCGUUCUCACCGUCAUUCACCUAGCCUUUCUGAAAAUGUUUCACAUCCAACUUUGUCUCCAGACUUAUCUCCACCACGGAAACACCAAAAGUCCAAUGCAGCACCUGUCAGUGACAGAAAAACAGGUUUGAUUUCUGGUAAAGAUAUCAGAGAAGAGAUUGACAAAAAGAAGAAGGAUGAUUUGAUGAGAUUUAAAAUGAUGGAUCCUUCAAUCAGUGGGCGUGGUGCUGAACCAGUAUAUCGUGAUAAAGUAAAAGGAGUACGCAUUUCCAAGGAAGAAUACGUGAAGUCAAAACAGAAAGUAGAAGAAAAGCCAAAGGAGAAGGAAAUAGAAUGGGGCAAGGGCUUGGCUCAGAAGAGGGAAGCUGAGGCUAGGAUGAAGGAACUAGAAACCGAGAAGGACAAGCCUUUUUCACGCAGCAGGGACGAUCCAGAACUUGACAACAUGCUCAAGGAUAGAUUAAGAUGGGGUGAUCCUAUGGCACAUUUGGUAAAGAAAAAAUAUCCAGAGCCUGUUCUUCCGGAUUUGGGAGAAGGUGAGAAGAUGAAAGAAUCAGGUUUUGUUGUUCCGCAAGAUAUUCCAGAUCACAGCUGGUUGAAAAGAGGUUUAGAUGCUGCACCAAAUCGCUAUGGGAUAAGGCCGGGACGACAUUGGGAUGGAGUUGAUCGUAGUAAUGGUUUUGAGAAGGAAAUGUUCAAGAGAUCAAAUGAGAGGCAAGCUCGAGAUAGAGAAGCAUAUCUUUGGUCUGUCUCUGAUAUGUGACAGCGAUGUAGUUUGUUAUUAAUUCAGAUUAAUUUACCUUUUUGUCCAUUUUUUGUGUUUUGGGGUCUGCAUCUUUCUUGGACAAAUAAAUAUUCCCAAAAAAAGAUGAAUUCUUUGUUUUUC